AUGCGCUCUGCCCUCCUCCUGCUUUCCGCUGCCGCAGUCGCCCUGGGGGUGCCGGCUCAGACUCAGACACCGCUGGCGCAGGCCGCAAGCAGCAACCACUCCUCUGUAUCGAACCGCCUCUUCAUCGAGUUGGAAGAGCUCGCGCGUGUCGUAGAUAUUUCCUAUUGCGUUGGGACCACCGGCUUGGGCAUCCAGAAGCCCUUUCAGUGCGCCAGCAGAUGCGGCGAGUUUGAGAACUUUGAGCUGAUCACAACGUGGAACACUGGCCCUCUCCUAUCCGACUCCUGUGGCUAUAUUGCGGUAUCACAUCCUCCGUCGGCUCCUCGCAUUCUUCUCGCUUUCCGGGGGACCUACUCCAUCGCCAAUACCAUUAUCGACCUCUCUACAAUCCCUCAGGAAUACGUGCCAUAUCCUGGAGACGAUGACGACGGCACGGAAGAUCCCGAUUUUGUGGACCCUAAAAUUUGGCCGGACGAAGACUCUCCUCCGCCGGCCGACCCUCCGAAGUGCACAAACUGCACAGUUCACACAGGGUUUUAUACUUCUUGGUUGAACACGAGAAAGGAAAUCCUACCCCACCUUACCGAGGCUAUCAACAACUAUCCCAACUACACCCUUACCCUUGUUGGGCAUUCCCUUGGAGGUGCGGUCGCUGCCCUAGCUGGUCUGGAUUUUGAAGCUCGUGGCUGGGACCCGCAUGUCACGACAUUUGGUGAACCCCGUGUUGGAAACAAGGAGUUUAUGGAAUACAUAAACAACCGUUUUGAUGUUGCGAAUAUCACUCCCACUCAGAACGAUACUACCAGUAAAUAUCGGAGGGUGACCCAUCAAGGAGAUCCGGUACCGCUAUUGCCCCUGGACGAAUGGGGCUACAAAAUGCACAGCGAGGAAAUAUUCAUCAAAAAGUGGGAGCUACCGCCAACUGCCGAAGACAUCCAGCACUGCAACGGAGACGAGGACCCCGCGUGUAUUACGGGCGAUGAGGCUGAGAAUCCUUCUUGGGGUGUUCCUGCCAGAUUCAAGCUUUGGCAGCUGUUCUUUGCGCACCGAGAUUACUUCUGGAGGCUGGGCCUGUGUGUUCCGGGGGGCGAUCCGAAGGACUGGUAUCGCAAAUAUCCGCAUCUUGGCGGUGAUGACGAGACACCCGAGCUUUAA